CGUACUUCCCCAAACAACCUCUUAGCAGUAAUAAUAAAUGAACAGAAUCACGCACAUCAAAUCUAUUUACUCUCAUUCCAAUUUUCCUAUUUGUCCAUCUUCUCCAACCCACAUUCUCUCCUUUUUCUCAGUUUUCACGCCGUAAAAGCUGUCAUCAAUUUUGUACCAAAAACACCCCUCAAAAUGUUUGCACCUUUGAACUCCAACCUCCAUGCCUCGCCGGCAUUGCUUCUUCUCUUCUCUCUUUCGAUCUCUCUCACUGCGCGAGCUCUCUGUCGGAAUUAUUAACGGGUUUUGGUUUAUGUCGUUUUUGUUUACUGUUUUUUGAAAUUCUUUUAUCUGCCUUGGACUCGGUCUUCUUUGUUUCAUACAAACAGAGAGAGAGUAGUUGUCACUUGACAGCGUCAGACACGCGCUUCCAUCGUCGCUGGUUGUCUUUGAGUUGUGGGUCGGGGUGAUCAAUUGCAGGUUUGGUCGUGAUUCAUUGUUCAUCGCCAUGGCCUCAAAGCUCAAACAUGGGUCCUCUACGGUUCGGAAGAUCACGCAGCUGAGCAAUGAUUUGGAUCAGGAGGGUGAGGAUGGAAGUAUUGCUACCUACACUGUGCACAUUCCUCUAACGCCUGAUAACCAGCCUAUGGAGAUUUCUCUGGAGAGGUCUAAUUCUCGGAGGGUGGAGGACCAAUACGCUUCGAGUUCCAUGUUCACCGGUGGUUUCAACCAGCUCACACGUGCGCAUUUGAAGGACAAGGUGAGUGAGUCCGAGUCCAGCCACCCCCAGAUGGCUGGUGCAAAAGGGUCCUCUUGUGCAGUGCCUGGGUGUGAUGGGAGGGUCAUGACUGAUGAGAGGGGUUUGGAUGUUGUCCCUUGUGAGUGUGAUUACAAGAUUUGUAGGGAUUGUUAUAGGGAUGCUGUGAGGACUGGUGAUGGGAUUUGCCCUGGUUGCAAGGACCCUUACAAGGAGCCUGAGGUGCAAGGUGGGGCCAACCAACAGACACUGCCUUUGCCUCCUGGUGCUGGGGUUAGUAAGAUGGAGAGGAGGUUGUCUUUGAUGAAAUCCAGGAGCCAGAAUAAUGAGUUUGAUCAUGCUCAGUGGUUGUUUGAGACUAAGGGGAGUUAUGGAUAUGGGAAUGCUAUGUGGCCUAAAGACUCUGAGCCUGAUGGAAGUUCUGUUGCUGGCUCUGAUUGGAUGGGGGGUGAUCCUAAUGUCUUCAGCGAAAAACAGUGGAAACCCUUGACCAGGAAAUUGAGUAUUUCUGCUGCAGUCCUCAGCCCUUAUCGACUCAUUAUAUUGAUUCGUCUAGUGGUUCUAGCUUUAUUUCUAAAGUGGAGGAUCCAAAACCCCAAUGAAAAUGCAGUUUGGCUGUGGGGCAUGUCUGUGGUUUGUGAAAUCUGGUUUGGAUUCUCCUGGCUGCUUGACCAGCUUCCCAAGCUCUUCCCCAUAAACCGUGUUGCUGAUCUUGAUGUUUUGAGAGAGAAGUUUGAAACUUCUAAUCCCACUAAUCCUACAGGAAAGUCUGAUCUUCCAGGAAUAGAUAUGUUUGUGUCAACCGCUGAUCCAGAAAAAGAACCACCACUCGUUACUGCAAAUACUAUUCUUUCUAUUCUAGCUGCUGAUUACCCUGUUGAGAAACUUUCAUGUUACGUCUCUGACGACGGAGGUGCACUUCUAACUUUUGAGGCCAUGGCUGAGGCUGCAAGUUUUGCCAAUAUGUGGGUUCCUUUUUGUCGGAAGCAUGACAUUGAGCCCAGGAACCCGGAAUCUUAUUUCAACCUGAAGAGAGAUCCCUUCAAGAACAAAGUGCGCUCUGACUUUGUGAGGGACCGCAGGCGUGUAAAGCGUGAGUAUGAUGAGUUCAAGGUUCGGAUUAACAGCCUCCCUGAUUCGAUCCGGCGGCGUUCUGAUGCUUACAAUGCUAGAGAAGAAAUCAAAGCUUUGAAGAAAUGGAGAGAAAAUGGACAUGAAGAACCAAUGGAGAAUUUGAAGUUUCCUAAAGCUACAUGGAUGGCUGAUGGUACUCACUGGCCUGGUACUUGGACCACUUCUGCACCAGAACAUUCCAGGGGUGAUCAUGCCAGUAUCAUACAGGUAAUGUUAAAACCCCCAAGUGAUGAACCACUGACAGGCACAGCAUCAGAAUCAAAUGCCUUGGAUUUAACUGAAGUUGACAUUCGUCUUCCCAUGCUUGUCUACGUUUCACGCGAAAAACGACCCGGCUAUGAUCACAACAAAAAGGCUGGUGCCAUGAAUGCAUUGGUUAGAGCCUCAGCCAUAAUGUCUAAUGGCCCUUUCAUACUUAACCUUGACUGUGACCAUUACAUAUUCAACUCCCAAGCCUUGAGAGAAGGAAUGUGCUUCAUGAUGGACCGUGGCGGGGAGAGGCUUUGCUAUGUUCAAUUUCCUCAAAGGUUUGAAGGAAUCGACCCCAAUGACCGCUACGCCAAUCAUAACACAGUCUUCUUUGAUGUCAACAUGCGAGCUCUUGAUGGAAUUCAAGGUCCUGUGUAUGUUGGCACAGGUUGCCUAUUUCGAAGAACUGCACUCUACGGCUUUGAUCCACCACUGCUGAAAGAAGAAACCAGUUGGUUCGGUCGAAAGAACAAGAAAUCCUCGACAGUGGCUUCUGUCCCUGAGGCUGGUUCCGAGGAACAAUCAUUGAGGAAUGGCAAUGUUUUUGAGGAUGAAGAAAUGACCACUGCUCUUGUUCCAAAGAAAUUUGGCAACUCAAGCCUUCUUGUGGAUUCAAUAAAGGUGGCAGAGUUUCAAGGACUCCCCCUUGCUGAUCACUCAUCUAUCAAAUAUGGCCGUCCACCCGGCGCUCUAACUCUCCCUCGUGAUCCUCUCGAUGCUGCCACCGUUGCUGAGGCCAUCAAUGUCAUCUCAUGCUGGUAUGAGGACAAGACUGAAUGGGGACUAAGAAUUGGUUGGAUUUAUGGUUCAGUCACUGAGGAUGUUGUGACAGGCUAUAGAAUGCACAAUAGAGGAUGGAAAUCAGUAUAUUGUGUAACCAAAAGAGAUGCAUUCCGUGGCAGUGCUCCAAUCAAUCUAACAGAUAGGCUGCACCAAGUUCUUAGAUGGGCAACAGGCUCAGUCGAAAUCUUCUUUUCACGCAACAAUGCUCUUCUAGCUAGCUCAAGGUUGAAGUUUCUUCAGAGAAUUGCUUACCUCAACGUUGGAAUCUACCCUUUCACUUCAAUCUUCCUCAUUGUUUAUUGCUUCCUUCCUGCUCUCUCACUUUUCACUGGCGAGUUCAUUGUUGAGAGCCUUCAAGUUACCUUCCUAGUGUACCUUUUAGGCAUAACCUUGACCCUUGUGUUCCUUGCUGCAUUGGAAAUCAAGUGGUCAGGGAUUGAGCUUGAAGAGUGGUGGAGGAAUGAACAGUUCUGGCUGAUUGGAGGCACAAGUGCUCAUUUUGCUGCUGUGCUUCAGGGUCUGCUUAAGGUCACUGCUGGCAUUGAGAUUUCGUUCACUUUGACAUCAAAAUCUGGCGGUGAUGACGAAAACGAUGAGUAUGCGGAUCUAUAUGUCAUCAAGUGGACGUCUCUGAUGAUACCACCAAUCACAAUCAUGAUGGUUAACUUGAUAGCAAUUGCUGUGGCUGUUAGCAGGACCAUAUAUAGUGAGGAUCAGCAAUGGAGCAGUUUGCUUGGAGGUGUGUUUUUCAGCUUUUGGGUGUUGGCUCAUUUGUAUCCCUUUGCUAAAGGGUUGAUGGGUAGAAGGGGUAGGACACCAACGAUUGUGUUUGUGUGGUCUGGUCUAAUAUCAAUUACUAUCUCACUUCUCUGGGUUGCUAUUGAUCCUCCCUCUGGCAGUAGCCAAAUUGGAGGCUCAUUCCAGUUCCCUUGAUUUUAUGGUGCUCACUUUGCAGGUAGCACUUGUAAGUAAUUCAGAGUGGGUUGAUGAGAUUUUGUAGUUACCAUUCAUUGUUCGAUAAGCUAUUGUUUUUCAUUUUAUUGCUCAUACAAGGAAGGAAGAGUCAUACAUUUUUUAUUA